GGCGCCCUGAAUGUUGUAAUUGGAAAGAAGGUAGCUGUGUUGGAGAAGGUCGUUGUUUUAUGGCUUUAAACUCUACGCAGUCAGUAGAAAGGUUUCCGUCUGAUUCUUCAACAAAAGAUGACAGAGACUGGCCUGAUUUUGUUUGCGGAGCAGGAGCAGCUGCUGUUAACAUUCUCUCGACGUUCCCCGCCUACAAAGUCAUGUUUCGGCAGCAAGUUGAGGGGUUAAGGAUUCGCUAUGCAGUGCGCCAGGUGCUAAGAGAAGGGGUGUGGAACCUUUAUCGUGGAGUUGUUCCACCAUUGAUGCAAAAAGGAACUUCAAUGGCGAUUAUGUUUGGUUCAUACAACAAGUUCCAAAGAAUGCUUUCUCGUAAUUUAACAAGCACUUCUUCAGUGGCCACUAGUGCAAUAGCAGCAAUGCUAGCGGGAACGAUAGAAGCACUUUUUACACCAUUUGAACGAAUACAAACUUUAAUGUCUCAUCGUGGGCACAACGAAAGGUUUUCCAACACAUUUCAAGCUUUCAAAGUCGUGGGAGUGCAAUAUGGAUUGCGAGAAUAUUAUCGAGGGCUUACUCCGAUACUGUUGAGGAAUGGACCCACUAAUGUGUUAUUCUUUGGCUUGAGAGGCCCAUUAAAGUCCAUUCUACCGGAGGCAAAAACUAGUAUUGGAAAUGCAGCCAAUGAUUUUGUUAGUGGAGCUGUUUUGGGGGCGUGUUUGAGCACAUUGUUCUUUCCAGUUAAUGUUGUGAAAAACCACAUGCAAAAACAGUUGGGUGGAGAAUUUGUGAACUGUUUCAAAGCUUUCACUGUAGUUUUUAAUGAAAGAGGAAGGAGAACACGACGGCUCUUCUAUGGAGUCUCACUGAACUACACUCGUGCUCUUGUGUCUUGGGGAAUAAUUAACUCCACUUACGAACUUUUGAAGAAUUGUUUAGGAAACAGCAAUGUUCUGAGGACAAAUAUGCAUACAAAAACUUAAUGUAUUAUCUUUCUCUGUAAGAGAUUGUGUAGUUGGAAAAAGGUUACAGCUGUGUGUGUUGAAAUCUGUGAAUUAUGUCUCUACAUCAGUCCUUGUAUUGUUAAUUCCAAUGUUUAUGAUGACAGUGUACUGCUAUCAUGAUGGUAAUCAGAGGGUUUGUUGGCUUUGUGUCACUGUACAAAGCACCAAACUGUGCUAUGAUUGGUUGUUUCAAUUUGUCACCUUGAUUUGUGUUGCUAAAAACCAACUAAUCAAACCAGAACACAAUAAUUAUUCAAUCCCUCCAAUCUUCAAAGACCAAUCAAGGACCCACUGUUGUGACUUUGUGCAUCAGACUUAGUGUUCCUGAGUAACUAAAAGGGUCUUCAUUUGAUUCAUAUUUCUCAAUAUCCUUGUACAACGGUGUGUGGACCAUACACACUGCCAACCAUAGAAACUUCUACCAAUUGGAGAGAUUGUGUAUUAGAUGGAUCCUUUCCAGUCUCUAGGAAUAUUGCUGAUGUUUGAGUAUUGAAGUCGCAAGUUUCCUUUUCAAGAGUCAUCCCUGCUUUGCAGCUGAAGGAGUUUAAACCAGAACACAAUUCAAUCCCUCUUGGAAGACUAUUCAAGGGCCCAUUAUGGUGACUCUGUCUAUGACUUUGUGCACCUGACCAACAAAAAGGGUCUUCAUUUGACUCUUGUUCCUCAACUUCCUAGCAAGACAGUGAGUUGAGUGCAAUAACUCUGACCGAUUGGAAGGACUUCCCAUCAGAUGGAUCCAAUUCAGCUAACUCAUAACCUGUUGACCUCAUCAUGUAAUAUAAUCUACAUGUUGCAAUAUUAAACCAAAUGGUACAGUCAAAAUCAGAUGUAACCAUAACUACAAAUGGUAAGAAUUUAUUGGUAAUAGUCAUUUUGUUGAGGAAUAUUUAAUUAUUAUUCAACAAAUACACCAAAUUAUUCCUUAUGGAGAUGUUAAGAACAUAAGUGUAAACCUGCUUGAAGCAAUAUAUAAAUUUUCAUAAAUAAAACAAGACCAUUCUGGACUUACUCUCCAUUCAAUGAAUAGUUACCAUGUUGCUGUGUUUCCGCUCAGUAAGAGAUCACAGAUGACAUCAAGAUUUGAUAGGAACAAGAAAGUGGUGCAUGAGGGGCAGCAGUGUGUGUCACAGAUGUUCUUAACACAUUUUGAUGUCUUUCAUGAUAUAUUACUGAACAGACCCCUGGCAGCAAAGACUCUGCUUUUUUAUAUGAUAAAAAAAGACAAAACAAAAAAAAUGAGAAAAAAUUGUUAAUGGUUCAGUCAUCUAAUGGAUGCAUCAAUCCAAUCAAUCCAAGUGCAUGUAUAAUUUUUUUUCAUAAAUAUUUGUAAAUAAUACCAAACUAUAUUGGACUAUCUCCAUAAGAUGACUGACAGCAUUACAGGUAUUCAAGGUGAUGAACACUUUGCAGAAUUUGUAAUUAUUACAUCAGACUCUUUGGUCUGAUUGUAUAAACAAGGUUUAGCUGCUGUUUAUCAUUGAAGAAAUGUAAAAAUGGUUUCCGUGUUUACAUAGUCUGAUGUAAACAUGCAGGAGGUUGGGAGAACAUGAGAUAAGUGUAGGAAACCACAACGCGAAGCGGAGUGGUUUCCAGCUUAUCAAGUGUUCUCCCAACCUCCCAAGUGUUUACAUCAGGCUAUGUAAGCACGGAAACCAUUUUACAUUUCUUUUAUAAAAUAACUAAUGAAAGAGCCUCUUCUUGCAACGAAGGAAAGCGACGUGCUUGUUGUUGUUGUUCAUUUGGCUUUUUAGCCAUUUCUUGAAUACUGGGGAAAUUAAACUCCAAAGAAAAAUUAGGAAAAUCUUCUUCUUCCAUUACUGUACUCAAACAAACUUAAAGAAACUGAGUUACUGCUAAAUAAAUAGCAGGGAGAACUCCACGAGAAGAUUCAGUAGGAAAACCGUGUUUACAUACGCUCAUGUAAAAUGGCUUUGUGGCCAAUCAGAGUGUGCGUACUAUUUGAAUUAUUUUAUAAAACUGUGUCCUAAACAAUCCUCAAUUUAGCUGAACCUUUUAUCUGAACAUUUGCUUUUGAGAACAUCACAAAGAGGGUCAAAAGCUUACAGUGUAAGGAUGAUUAUUUUAUUAAAUCAAUCCUCCAACAGGUUAGCUUAAGCAAAAAAUUUUUCCUCCACAAAGGAGGUUUACCCUUCUAACUCCUAAGAUAUGUUUGUUGUCUUCCCUUUAGCUGCUACAUAUUACCUUAUAAAUUAGUAACAAGAAUUUGGUGUUAGAUCAAGGUAACAACUACCUGAUAAGUUUGAGUAUUCUCAUUACCUGUUUGGUGGACAAUGUAUGGAUAUAAAUGGGAGAAGUUACAUGUUAAUCACUUCAAGGAGUUAGAGGGUUAACCAAUGUCCAAAAUACAUGUUUCAUGCAUUUCACCGAGCAGAGACAGCCUCCAAAACUGCUAACAAAAUUAUUUCCAUUACUUUGGCUGUAUAAGAGUUUGUUUGAAAUGCUUAAAAAUAUGUAAUGCAAUAAUUAUCAUUUAAAGAUGAUAAGAAAGUUUAAUUAUCUCUUCUGUAAAAUUAGUAAUUUUUUAAUAAAGGGGAGAGUCUCUAAA